AUGGAAAUAGAGAAUACUUCAUUUUUCCAAGGUCUUGACGAUGACUUGCCUAAAAAGUCUUGGAAUUUUAAAAACGAAAAUGUCGAUGGGAAUUUUACAUUCAAGCCCACAAAGCGUCCACACAAAGAGGUUUUGCUUAAAGAAACCAAUAUUUCUUUCAGUGACUUAAACCUUUCAAAGCCUCUGGUUAAAGCUUGCGAAGAAAUCGGAUUUAAUUACCCCACAAAGAUCCAAGAAGAAACAAUUCCUAUUGUUUUGAAAGGUAAUGACGUUAUGAUCUGUGCUAAAACAGGCUCAGGCAAGACAGGCGCAUUCUCUUUGCCAAUAAUUCAUCGCAUUUUAUUCAGGAAAAAGCGAAUCCAAGCCACACGAUGCUUAAUUUUGACUCCAACUCGUGAGCUGUCACAGCAGACCUAUUCAAUGGUCCAAUCAUAUAUAAAAUACACAAGCUUGACCUGUAGCGUCUCUAUGGGUGGCGCAAACUCAGCCAAAGAAGUAAGGCAAAUCCAAAAUGCCCCUGAUAUUCUAAUAGGAACUCCUGGAAGAAUUCUUGACCAUAUAAAAAACUCAAAAGAUGUAUCGUUUGACUAUGUCGAUUUUUUAGUAUUAGAUGAAGCUGACAGACUGCUAGAAAUGGGAUUUUUCCCAGCAGUAAAAGAAAUUUUAUCAGUGAUCCCUGCUGAGAGGCAAACCAUAUUAGCUUCAGCCACAUUAGGAAAUGAUAUAAAAGAGCUUGCCCAACUCGCAUUAAAAAGGCCUGUAAAAGUUGGAAAAGCUGGGAUGCCGGAAGGCUUAAAAUAAAAUUAAUAUAGCUUGGCUAGCCUGACUGGCCACUUAACACCCUAGCCGAUAGGCUUAUUGGGAAAGCCGGGAACCUUGUGGCGUUCUGAAUUUGUAUUCGGCCUGGUUUUACUUAACUUGAUGGAGCUCAACGUAGGACUGAACGACUGCAUGCUAACAUCCUGGUCAAGGCUUUACCUAGUGGGGAGACGAUUUGCUGGAGUCCUUGGCUCGGUUCUAUCUUGGUCGACUAAAAAAAUAGAUUUUUUCAAAGUUUCUGAAAGGCGAACCCUAUAAACCUAAGGCAUAGUGGCUCAACGUCUCUGACUCUCGGGUAGCGAGUGCAAACCCUCGUCAGUGGAAAGCAGCAUAGUAGAAGGCAAUGUCCGAAUUGGCAAUAAUCGGUGGAGCAUUAAGCAGAGGCCAGUAGUUGUCUGCAGACCUUCAGAGGACUUCUUUACAAACAAUUUAAGCAUUUAAGAAGGCCUAAAACAAGUUAUUAUCAACAUGGAGGAUGACUGGAAACGGGAAACAAUAGUAGUCUAUCUAUUAGCUUAUCAAGUUAAGCAAGAUGUUAUUGUUUUUGUCAAAACAAAAUCUGAUUGCCAUAAGCUGUUUUUAUACUUAAAACAGCUAAACUUUAAAGUUGGAGAAAUCCAUGGAGGAAUGGAUCAGCAUCUAAGGCUGAGGUCAUUAGAAAGCUUUCAGGCUGGAGAAACUGAAAUUUUAAUUGCAACUGAUUUAGCUGCAAGAGGGCUAGACUUGGAAAUUGACACUGUCAUCAAUAUGCAUAUCCCUGAUGAUCCUAAAAGAAUUUUACACAGAAUUGGAAGAACAGCAAGAGCUGGAAAAGAAGGAUUGAGCAUAAGUUUAUGCAAUAAAGCAGAAAAAGCCCAGCUGAAAGAAGAAAUCAAGCACAAAUUCGUAUAUUUGUCAAUUAAUGUUGAAAGAAUGCACAAAGUCCAAGCGAAAAUAGAUGAUUUAGAAGAAAAAGUUAAGAAAAUGAUAGAGAAAGAAGCAUAUUUAAAAUAUGGCGUCUUCGUCUGGGCAUGGCCUCCGACCAUGCAGCCUCGACACAUAUUUUAAAUAUAUCCGGCAAGGUUUUGCCAUUUCAGAGAUGGACGGCAAUGCUAGGUAAGCAAUUCUACAUUACAGAGCCUAGCCCUAGUCUAAACUCAGGGAUGGUUUUUUCCUCGUGGGGAAGGAAGACAUGUUUAGUUGGAAAGGGGAAGCCCAGCAAAGUCUACUGGACCAAUCGGGCAACUCCCUAGCGUGAAACUGGGCGUUACGUCCCAGGCUAAUUGUUUUUCCUUUUUGCCGACAGUCGGCCAGAAAAACCAUUUUUUUGAUUUUCUGUGCAGGCAACCCAUGAGUCGUCGAAGCCGGCAACACCGCUCCAAGCGCACCCUGGCGAUCAAAGCAGGCCGCCCCAGAGGUCUGUGGGCCUGAUGCGUGGAAGAAACGGCGGGAAGGUCUGGGAAGCCAACCCCGUAGGGGACUUUAAACGAAUAAACUUUAAGUAAGUAAGUAAGUAAGAUAGAGAAAGAAGCGAUUGAAAAAGAAAUUAAAGAGGUCGAAAUCCAAGCGAAUCGAGCCUCAAAUAUCAUCCAGCAUGCUGAUGAAAUCUAUAAUCGGCCAAAAAAACAAUGAAUUAAGUCUGUUGACGAAAGAAGAGAAAAAGUCAUAGAGCAAAAAGAGCAAAAAAUGAAAGGAAAGACCAAAAAAGACAGAAAAAUUGAAGAAAGCAUCAUGAGGAGCAAACUAAUGGUGCAAAAUUACAAAAUUGCAGCCAAAGGACUCAACAAGAUAGGCAAAGCAAUGGAAAAAAUGGCGAAAAAGAAAAUGAAAAGGAACAGCAAAAAAAAGCAAAAGUAA